AUGGGCUUCGAGUGGCAUGACGAAGGAAAGCUCCACAGAGUUCCAAAACUGGAUCCUGGCCCACGAAAUGUGUGGUUUGAUGACAUCUACGGCACUGCUUCAAGCGAUGCCUCCAAUCCGUUGACAUCAAGCUUUUCCUUCCUCGAGAAAAUCGACAAGCCGGAGCCAGCACCAACCUACUCUUACGAUGAAACCGGAGUCGUACUUAAAGGCGAGCUGCACAUUGUAGAUGAAAAGGGCAAUUCCGCCAAGUUGCAGCCUGGUGAUACAUUUUUUAUUCACCGAGGCAGCACCAUCACUUUCUCUACUCCUCGCAAACUCCUCGCUAUGCAGUUGCAUUCAAAAACAAUUGAAAAGAAUUAG